ACCACAAUCUUCGCUUACGCAAAAAUUUUCUUUUCUCUGCGUCAUAAUCAAAUUCAUGUUCAGAACCAUGUUGCUCAAGGACAACCGAGCCAAGCAAUCACACUGAACAUAGCUCGAUACAGAAAGGCGGUGUACAGUGCAAUGUGUGUGCAGGGAACAUUGGUUGCAUGUUAUUUGCCGUUUGGUGUAGCGGUAGCUUUGACACCUCAACAAGGGAUGACUUUAUCGGUAUACCUCGUUAGACGAUUUACUGUUUCUUUACUUCAUUUAAACUCGUCAUUAAACCCGUUCCUGUACUGUUGGAAGAUCAGG